GGUUGCUUUACAUGGGUGGUGAAUGUUUUAGUAAUAUUCUUGUCAUAACCGCCUUGUUGAAGAGGUGGUUGACUCAUUGCCGGAGAAGUUAUCAUCCACUAUUGAGCGGAGUGACAUGGCAGUGGUGGUUACAUCGGCACAAGGUGCCGCCGGUGGCAAGAUCUCAAUCAUGCCAUUGUUUCCGACAACACUUACUGAUG